CCACGUGGCCCGUGGGGACCCCGUCCUCUCUCCUGGGCAGCCUCAAGCUGGAAUGUGAGAAGCUGGCCAGCGAGAAGACGGAGAUGCAGCGACAUUAUGUCAUGUACUACGAGAUGUCCUACGGGCUCAACAUUGAGAUGCAUAAACAGGCUGAGGUCGUGAAGCGGUUGAGCGGGAUCUGCGCCCAGAUCAUUCCGUUCCUGACGCAGGAGCACCAGCAGCAAGUACUGCAGGCCGUGGAACGGGCAAAGCAGGUGACAGUCGGGGAGCUGAGCAGCCUUAUUGGGCAGCAGCAGCUCCAGCCUUUGUCCCACCACACCCCCCCUGUGCCCCUCACCCCUCGCCCUGCUGGUCUGGUGGGUGGCAGUGCCACAGGGCUGCUCGCUCUGUCUGGAGCGUUGGCUGCCCAGGCCCAGCUGGUGGCGGCCACCAAGGAGGAUCGCGUGGCCAUGGAGGCCGAGGGGUCCAGAGUGGAGAGAGCCCUGAGCCCGAGCGUUUCCCCCUCACCCCCUGAGAGUCUGGUGGAGGAGGAGCGACCCAGUGGGCCUGGGGGCAGCGGGAAGCAGAGAGCGGAGGACAAAGACCUGUCAGGACCUUACGAAAGUGAUGAAGACAAGAGCGACUACAACCUGGUAGUGGAUGAGGACCAACCCUCAGGGCCGCCCAGCCCGGCCGCCACGCCCUGUGGAAAGGCAGCCACCUGCAUCCCUGCCCGGCGGGACCUUGGGGACAGCCCGGCCUCCUUGGCCUCCAGCCUGGGCUCACCGAUCCCCAGAGCCAAAGAUCUCAUCCUGAGUGACCUCCCCACCAGCCCUCCUGCUUCCAAGUCCUGUGACUCCUCCCCACCCCAGGAAGUUUCCACCCCUGGGCCCAGCUCUGCCGGUCACCUCUGUCAGCUGGCGGCCAAGCCGGCACCGUCCACAGACAGCCUGGCACUGAGGAGCCCCCUGACUCUGUCCAGCCCGUUUACCACGUCCUUCAGCCUGGGCUCCCACGGCACCCUCAACGGGGACCUCUCUGUGCCCAGCUCCUACGUCAGCCUCCACCUGUCCCCCCAGGUCAGCAGCUCUGUGGUGUACGGACGCUCGCCCAUGGUGGCGUUUGAGUCACACCCCCAUCUCCGAGGCUCCUCUGUCUCCUCCUUGCCUGCUGUCCCAGGAGGGAAGCCGGCCUACUCCUUCCACGUGUCCGCGGACGGCCAGAUGCAGCCCGUGCCCUUCCCCUCGGACGCGCUGGUGGGCGCGGGGAUCCCGCACGUGUACACGGGCGGCAAGGGCUGCGUGAAGGUGUGGGACGUGGGCCAGCCGGGCGCCAAGACACCGGUGGCCCAGCUGGACUGCCUGAACCGGGACAACUACAUCCGUUCCUGCAAGCUGCUGCCGGACGGCCGGAGCCUCAUCGUGGGCGGCGAGGCCAGUACCCUGUCCAUCUGGGACCUAGCGGCGCCCACACCCCGCAUCAAGGCCGAGCUGACCUCGUCAGCGCCUGCCUGCUACGCCCUGGCCGUCAGCCCCGACGCCAAGGUCUGCUUUUCCUGCUGCAGCGACGGUAACAUCGUGGUCUGGGACCUGCAGAAUCAGACCAUGGUCAGGCAGUUCCAGGGCCACACGGACGGGGCCAGCUGCAUUGACAUCUCGGACUACGGCACGCGGCUGUGGACAGGUGGCCUGGAUAACACUGUGCGCUGCUGGGACCUGCGGGAGGGUCGCCAGCUCCAACAGCACGACUUCAGCUCGCAGAUCUUCUCCCUGGGCCACUGCCCCAACCAGGACUGGCUGGCCGUGGGCAUGGAGAGCAGCAAUGUGGAGAUCCUGCAUGUCCGCAAGCCUGAGAAGUACCAGCUACACCUCCAUGAGAGCUGUGUCCUCUCCCUGAAGUUUGCCUCCUGUGGGCGAUGGUUCGUGAGUACCGGCAAGGACAAUCUGCUCAAUGCCUGGAGGACACCAUACGGAGCCAGCAUCUUCCAGUCUAAGGAGUCCUCCUCUGUCCUGAGCUGUGACAUCUCCAGGAACAACAAAUACAUCGUGACAGGCUCCGGGGACAAGAAGGCCACCGUGUAUGAAGUGGUCUACUGAGGCCCCAGUGCUCACCGGCUGAAGCCCCCCACAACCUCCCUUCCCUGCUGGGGUGGGGUCAGUGGGCCCAGGGUUCUGGGGAAUAAAUGUAUUUAUCACA